GUCCUCCCAUAAACAACAACAAAUCAGCUUUAAGUCGCGUUCUAUCUGAUCACUUCUUCUGUGUCUCCCCUUCCCUUUCUCAUAUUCCAGAUAGAGAUUCAGAAAAAUACAAAAUGGGCGAUAUUGAAGGUUCCCCGGGUAGUUCCAUGCAUGGAGUGACAGGCAGAGAACAAACCUUUGCCUUUUCGGUUGCCUCUCCUAUAGUCCCGACAGAUACAACAGCAAAAUUUGCCUUGCCAGUUGAUUCUGAGCACAAGGCCAAAGUGUUCAAGAUUUUCUCUUUUGCUAACCCUCAUAUGAGAACAUUUCACCUUUCUUGGAUAUCCUUCUUCACUUGUUUUGUCUCCACUUUUGCUGCAGCACCCCUUGUUCCUAUCAUUCGGGACAACCUCAAUUUAACCAAAAGUGACAUUGGUAAUGCUGGGGUUGCUUCUGUCUCUGGAAGCAUCUUCUCUAGGCUUGUAAUGGGUGCAGUUUGUGACCUCUUGGGGCCGCGAUAUGGGUGUGCGUUUCUGAUCAUGCUCUCAGCCCCAACUGUGUUUUGCAUGUCGUUUGUGAACUCAGCUGGAGGAUACCUAGCAGUCCGUUUCAUGAUUGGAUUCUCUCUUGCAACGUUUGUGUCAUGCCAGUACUGGAUGAGCACAAUGUUUAACAGCAAGAUUAUAGGACUUGUCAAUGGAACCGCAGCCGGUUGGGGCAAUAUGGGAGGAGGUGCAACUCAGCUCGUAAUGCCCUUGGUCUACGAGCUCAUUAAGCGAGCUGGUUCAACUUCAUUCAGUGCUUGGAGGAUAGCAUUUUUUUUCCCAGGAUGGCUUCAUGUUAUCACGGGAAUCUUGGUCUUGACUCUAGGCCAAGACUUGCCUGAUGGGAAUCUCGGAGCCCUCAAGAAGAAGGGUGAUGUUGCUAAAGAUAAGUUCUUCAAGGUACUUUGGUAUGCUGUUACAAACUAUAGGACCUGGAUCUUUGUCCUUCUAUAUGGCUACUCCAUGGGAGUUGAAUUAUCCACCGACAAUGUUAUCGCCGAGUACUUCUAUGACAGGUUCGAUCUAAAGCUUCACACAGCAGGUGUCAUUGCUGCUACCUUUGGUAUGGCUAACCUUGUAGCUCGUCCCUUUGGUGGAUAUUCUUCUGAUGUAGCAGCGAGGUACUUCGGGAUGAGAGGCAGGUUAUGGGUGCUCUGGAUUUUACAAACACUUGGAGGAGUUUUCUGUAUUUGGCUCGGUCGAGCUAAUUCACUUCCCCUUGCUGUCACCGCUAUGAUUCUCUUCUCUAUUGGAGCUCAAGCUGCUUGUGGAGCAACUUUCGGUAUCAUUCCCUUUAUUUCUCGACGAUCAUUGGGCAUCAUAUCCGGCCUAACUGGUGCAGGUGGAAAUUUUGGGUCCGGAUUGACACAACUAGUAUUCUUUUCGAGCUCAAGUUUGUCCACAGCUGCAGGUCUAUCCUGGAUGGGUGUCAUGAUUUGCGGUUGCACUCUCCCUGUGACGUUGGUUUACUUCCCACAAUGGGGCGGCAUGUUCUUUCCGCCUUCUAAAGACGCAGUGAAGUCAACAGAAGAAUCCUAUUAUGCAUCAGAGUGGGAUGAGGACGAGAAGCAAAAGGGAAUGCACCAGCAAAGCCUCAAGUUUGCCGAGAAUAGCCGGUCCGAACGCGGCAAGCGCAUUGCCUCUGCGCCAACACCACCAAAUACCACACCAAACCAUGUCUAGUGGAUAAUGUCUACAUCAAGAUCGUGAGGUGCAAGUUUAAAUUUGAACACAAUAAUGCCAAGAAGGGUGUUGUAUACUAUCACCUUGUGUGUUCUUUGUCUGUAAUUUUUGUGUUAAAAGCCUUUCUUUCAAAUUCAAAAGUUGAAUCAAAAUCCAUGAUUGGUAGUUUUGCUGGAAUCAAUAUAUUAAGAAUACCACAGUGCAGAU